AUGGUUGUAGACGACGUGUCUUGGUUGUUUGCUGUGAACACAUAUGCUUCAAUUAAGCUUACAGCUGAAGUUAUAAUUAGGUUGGAAAUACAGUAGAGCUCGUGUUAGAUUUGAAACAGCCUUUUUAAAGCUUCACAUCUGGUGCGACUAGCCAGUGAUUCCAGGCCUCAGGUCCCUGCUAGCUAAUUACUGCUAACACCUAACAGCUUAUUACCCUGUAUUAUGAUUCAACUGUAUCUGGACUGGACCAGGAACCACUCCUGAAGCAGAGAGGCUGUGAGGUAGAGAGGAUCAUUGCUAGAUUAGGAUGACUACUUGCAGUUAAACACUUCAAAUCCAGUAAUGUAUAGGGGGACAUAUUAUAGUAGAUUUGUAGUAGGUCAUAAAGUGGAAUAGUAGUGGAACAAAAGAGAAUCCACAUUGUGUCCCUAUUUUGAAAUAACUUUAGAAAUUACAGAAUGUGGCUUUAAUGUGUUUUAUAUUAUUUGAUGCAUCCAGUUGCUCUGCUGUUUGAAUAUUAUGGUACAGUGGUAUAGUGCAUUACAUAGUUCAUGUCCUCUAACCUUCUCUUCCUGUAUCUCUCUGUGUUUCCUCUGUAGGUGUGGUGCAGGAAGGUCCAGCUGCAAUUCCCAGAGACAGAGCUGAUAGAGUGGGGGGAGGGGGUCCAUGAGGAGAAGUUCUCCCCCAGCGGAGCCAGAGCCAGUCCCAGAGUCUUCAACCCCCUGAGGCUGUUCGCUAGGGGGGUCCCUGGAGCCCCCGGGGCCGUCAGGGCUCCCAGCCUGAAACACAACCCCAUCAGGGACAUGACAUACCUAGAGAACAUGGAGGACUUCUGGGAUUGGUUAUCCAACCAGACAGAUGUUCAGGCCAGCCAGGCCAGAACUAAGCGACGACCCAUCGUCAAGACGGGCAAGUUCAAGAAGAUGUUUGGUUGGGGAGACUUCCACUCCAACAUCAAGACUGUCAAGCUCAACCUGCUGAUCACCGGGAAGAUCGUAGACCACGGUAACGGAACGUUCAGCGUCUACUUCCGCCACAACUCCACUGGCCUGGGGAACGUGUCGGUGAGUCUGGUGCCACCGUCUAAAGUGGUGGAGUUUGAGAUGGCUCAGCAGUCCACACUGGAGACCAAAGACUCUAAAGCUUUCAACUGUCGCAUCGAGUAUGAGAAGACAGACCGAAACAAGAAGACGGCUCUGUGCAGCUUCGACUCCUCCAAGGUGUGUUACCAGGAACAGACACAGAGCCACGUCUCCUGGCUCUGCUCCAAGCCCUUUAAAGUAAUCUGCAUCUACAUCGCCUUCUACAGCGUGGACUACAAACUGGUGCAGAAGGUCUGCCCGGACUACAACUACCAUAGUGACACUCCCUACUCCUCCACUGGCUGAAGGUCUGCUCAGACUACAACUACCAUAGUGACACUCCCUACUCCUCUACUGGCUGAAGGUCUGCCCAGACUCCAACUACCAUAGUAACACUCCCUACUCCUCCACUGGCUGAAGGUCUGCCCAGACUCCAACUACCAUAAUGACACUCCCUACUCCUCUACUGGCUGAAGGUCUGCCCGGACUCCAACUACCAUAGUAACACUCCCUACUCCUCUACUGGCUGAAGGUCUGCCUGGACUACAACUACCAUAAUGACACUCCCUACUCCUCCACUGGCUGAAAGUCUGCCCAGACUCCAACUACCAUAAUGACACUCCCUACUCCUCUACUGGCUGAAGGUCUGCCCAGACUCCAACUACCAUAGUAACACUCCCUACUCCUCCACUGGCUGAAAGUCUGCUCAGACUACAACUACCAUAGUAACACUCCCUACUCCUCCACUGGCUGAAGGUCUGUCCAGACUCCAACUACCAUAAUGACACUCCCUACUCCUCUACUGGCUGAAGGUCUGCCCAGACUCCAACUACCAUAGUAACACUCCCUACUCCUCCACUGGCUGAAGGUCUGCCUGGACUACAACUACCAUAGUAACACUCCCUACUCCUCCACUGGCUGAAGGUCUGCCUGGACUACAACUACCAUAGUAACACUCCCUACUCCUCCACUGGCUGAAGGUCUGCCUGGACUACAACUACCAUAGUAACACUCCCUACUCCUCCACUGGCUGAAGGUCUGCCUGGACUACAACUACCAUAGUAACACUCCCUACUCCUCCACUGGCUGAAGGUCUGCUCAGACUACAACUACCAUAGUAACACUCCCUACUCCUCUACUGGCUGAAGGUCUGCCCAGACUCCAACUACCAUAGUAACACUCCCUACUCCUCUACUGGCUGAAGGUCUGCCUGGACUACAACUACCAUAGUAACACUCCCUACUCCUCCACUGGCUGAAGGUCUGCUCAGACUACAACUACCAUAGUAACACUCCCUACUCCUCUACUGGCUGAAGGUCUGCCCAGACUCCAACUACCAUAGUAACACUCCCUACUCCUCCACUGGCUGAAGGUCAACAAGACUCCAACUACCAUAGUAACACUCCCUACUCCUCCACUGGCUGAAGGUCUGCCCAGACUCCAACUACCAUAGUAACACUCCCUAACCCUCCACUGGCUGAAGGUCUGACCAGACUCCAACUACCAUAAUGACACUCCCUACUCCUCUACUGGCUGAAGGUCUGCUCAGACUACAACUACCAUAGUAACACUCCCUACUCCUCCACUGGCUGAAGGUCUGCCCAGACUCCAACUACCAUAAUGACACUCCCUACUCCUCUACUGGCUGAAGGUCUGCCCAGACUCCAACUACCAUAGUAACACUCCCUACUCCUCUACUGGCUGAAGGUCUGCCCAGACUCCAACUACCAUAGUGACACUCCCUACUCCUCUACUGGCUGAAGGUCUGCCCAGACUCCAACUACCAUAGUAACACUCCCUACUCCUCUACUGGCUGAAGGUCUGCCCAGACUCCAACUACCAUAGUAACACUCCCUACUCCUCCACUGGCUGAAGGUCUGCUCGGACUACAACUACCAUAGUAACACUCCCUACUCCUCCACUGGCUGAAGGUCUGCUCAGACUACAACUACCAUAGUAACACUCCCUACUCCUCUACUGGCUGAAGGUCUGCCCAGACUCCAACUACCAUAGUAACACUCCCUACUCCUCUACUGGCUGAAGGUCUGCCCAGACUCCAACUACCAUAGUAACACUCCCUACUCCUCCACUGGCCGAAGGUCAGCCCAGACUCCAACUACCAUAGUAACACUCCCUACUCCUCCACUGGCUGAAGGUCUGCCCAGACUCCAACUACCAUAGUAACACUCCCUACUCCUCCACUGGCUGAAGGUCUGCUCAGACUCCAACUACCAUAGUAACACUCCCUACUCCUCCACUGGCUGAAGGUCUGCCCAGACUCCAACUACCAUAGUAACACUCCCUACUCCUCUACUGGCUGAAGGUCUGCCCGGACUACAACUACCAUAGUAACACUCCCUACUCCUCUACUGGCUGAAGGUCUGCCUGGACUACAACUACCAUAGUAACACUCCCUACUCCUCCACUGGCUGAAGGUCUGCCCAGACUCCAACUACCAUAGUGACACUCCCUACUCCUCUACUGGCUGAAAGUCUGCUCAGACUACAACUACCAUAGUGACACUCCCUACUCCUCCACUGGCUGAAGGUCUGCCCAGACUCCAACUACCAUAGUAACACUCCCUACUCCUCUACUGGCUGAAGGUCUGCUCAGACUCCAACUACCAUAGUAACACUCCCUACUCCUCUACUGGCCGAUCCAGUCUAAGCAUGUACCUGGAUCUCCCAUAGAGUUAGUAGGAUCACAAUAUCACUAGCCCUGGUUACAAUAUCACUAACCCUGGUUACAAUAUCACCAACCCUGGUUACAACAUUACCAACCCUGGUUACAAUAUCACUAACCCUGGUUACAAUAUCACUAACCCUGGUUACAAUAUCACUAACCCUGGUUACAACAUCACUAGCCCUGGUUACAAUAUCACCAACCUUGGUUGAACCCUGGUUGACCAUUCUGUUAGUAUGACCACAAUAUGACCAACCCUUGUUCAAUUCUGGUUCAACCCUGGUUCUGUUAGUAUGACCACAAUAUGAUCAAAUCUUGUUCAACCUUGGUUCAACCCUGGUUCUGUUAAUAUGACCAACUCUUGUUCAACCUUGUGUAACUUGGUUCAACCCUGGUUCUGUUAGUAUGACCACAAUAUGACCCAACUCUGGUUAAACUGCUCUGUUAUGAUGACCACAAUAUGACCCAACUCUGGUUAAACUGACCCCAUGAAUUCUGACCCCUCUGUUCCUCCUGUAAUGAUGACCCAUCUGUUCCUCCUGUAAUGAUGACCCCUCUGUUCCUCCUGUAAUGAUGACCCCUCUGUUCCUCCUGUAAUGAUGACCCCUCUGUUCCUCCUGUAAUGAUGACCCCUCUGUUCCUCCUGUAAUGAUGACCCCUCUGUUCCUCCUGUAAUGAUGACCCCUCUGUUCCUCCUGUAAUGAUGACCCCUCUGUUCCUCCUGUAAUGAUGACCCCUCUGUUCCUCCUGUAAUGAUGACCCCUCUGUUCCUCCUGUAAUGAUGACCCCUCUGUUCCUCCUCCUCAUCACAUCCUUGUGUUCUCAGUAAAUCCCAGCCAAUUAGAGCAGUCCAGAUGUGUGGUAUUAGGAUAGACUAUAGGCUCUCACUACCCCAUGACACCCUGCAGACCUGUACAACGAUGUUAACAUCAAAUCACUUCCUAGGCUUGUUAAAUAUCAACAUAUUAUAUCAUCUCCUAGGCAUUUAAAAAAAGGGAAUCUUGAUUCUCUAAAGAGAAUUUCAAGUUCAAGCAAACAUUUGCUAGUUUUUUGUUCCUAUUUCUUCCUUUAAUACAACAUGCUACAAUUAUACUGUUGUAUCAAUCCAGGACAUGUGCCUGAUAACAGUAGAAGGCACAGGACAGAUACAGUGAGCUCCAAAAGUGUUGGGACAGUGAUGUUGUUUUGGCUCUGUACUCCAGCACUUUGGAUUUGAAAUGAUACAAUGACUAUGAUGUUAAAGUACAGACUGUCAGCGUUAAUUUGAGGGUAUUUCCAUCCAUAUUGCGGCGAAUCCUUUAGAAAUUACAGCACUUUUUGUACAUAGUCCCCCCAUUUUAGGCGACCAAAAGUAUUGGGACAAAUUCACUUUUAUGUGUAUUAAAGUAGUAAAAAGUUAAAUAUUUGGUACAUCAACUUUGUGACUCUACACAUUUGUUGGAUGCAUUUGCUGUUUGUUUUGGGUGUGUUUCAUAUUAUUUUGUGCUCAAUAGUAAUGAAUGGUAAAUAAUGUAUUGUGUCAUUUUGGAGUCACUUUUAUUUUAAAUAAGAAUAUAAUAUGUUUCUAAACACUUGACAAUGAUGAGUGAGAAAGUUACAGAGGCAUAAAUAUCAUAAAUAUCAGACCCCCCCAACAUGCUAACCUCCCUGUUAUUGUAAUGGUGAGAAGUUAGCAUGUCUUGGGGGUAUGAUAUAAAAAGCUAACCUCCCUGUUAUUGUAAUGGUGAGAGGUUAGCAUAUCAUGGGGGUAUGAUAUAAAAAGCUAACCUCCCUGUUAUUGUAAUGGUGAGAGGUUAGCAUGUCUUGGGGGUAUGAUAUAAAAAGCUAACCUCCCUGUUAUUGUAAUGGUGAGAGGUUAGCAUGUCUUGGGGGUAUGAUAUAAAAAGCUAACCUCCCCUGUUAUUGUAAUGCUGAGAGGUUAGCAUGUCUUAGGGGUAUGAUAUAUGUGCGUCUGUAACUUUCUCACUCAUCAUUAUUCACGAUUCUAUCAGGACUAUCGUAAUCAUGGUAGCAUCCACAUUAAUGUGUAAGUGUUUAGAAACAUAUUCUAUUCUUCUUUACAAUAAAAGUGACUCCAAAAUAACACAAUACAUAAUUUACCAUUCAUUUCUACAGUCUGCACUUUAACCUCACAGUCAUUGUAUCAUUUCAAAACCAAAGUGCUGGAGUACAGAGCCAAAACAACAAAACAUGUCACUGUCCCAAUACUAUUGGAGAUCGCUGUAGAUAACAACAUGAGUUAGAGGAGAGGGGUCUGAUUACAAUAGAAGGUACAGGACAGAGAGAUAGAGGAGAGGGGUCUGAUUACAAUAGAAGGUACAGGACAGAGAGAUAGAGGAGAGGGGUCUGAUCACAAUAGAAGGUACAGGACAUAGAGAUAGAGGAGAGGGGUCUGAUUACAAUAGAAGGUACAGGACAUAGAGAUAACAGCAGGAGUUAGAGGAGAGGUGUCUGAUUACAAUAGAAGGUACAGGACAGAGAGAUAACAGCAGGAGUUAGAGGAGAGGUGUCUGAUUACAAUAGAAGGUACAGGACAGAGAGAUAACAGCAGGAGUUAGAGGAGAGGUGUCUGAUUACAAAUAGAAGUACGGACAGAGAGAUAACAACAUGAGAUAGAGGAGAGGUGUCUGAUUACAAUAGAAGGUACAGGACAUAGAGAUAGAGGAGAGGGUGUCUGAUUACAAUAGAAGGUACAGGACAGAGAGAUAACAGCAGGAGUUAGAGGAGAGGUGUCUGAUUACAAUAGAAGGUACAGGGCAGAGAGAUAACAGCAGGAGUUAGAGGAGAGGUGUCUGAUUACAAUAGAAGGUACAGGACAGAGAGAUAACAGCAGGAGUUAGAGGAGAGGUGUCUGAUUACAAUAGAAGGUACAGGACAGAGAGAUAACAGCAGGAGUUUAGAGGAGAGGUGUCGAUUACAAUAGAAGGUACAGGACAGAGAGAUAACAACAGGAGUUAGAGGAGAGGUGUCUGAUUACAAUAGAAGGUACAGGACAGAGAGAUAACAACAGGAGUUAGAGGAGAGGUGUCUGAUUACAAUAGAAGGUACAGGACAUAGAGAUAGAGGAGAGGGGUCUGAUCACAAUAGAAUGUACAGGACAUAGAGAUAGAGGAGAGGGGUCUGAUCACAAUAGAAGGUACAGGACAUAGAGAUAGAGGAGAGGGGUCUGAUUACAAUAGAAGGUACAGGACAUAGAGAUAGAGGAGAGGGGUCUGAUUACAAUAGAAGGUACAGGACAUAGAGAUAGAGGAAGAGGGGUCUGAUACAAUAGAAGGUACAGGACAUAGAGAUAGAGGAGAGGGGUCUGAUUACAAUAGAAGGUACAGGACAGUAAGAUAACAUACUGAGUGUUUAGUGAGAUGCGGUGUAACAUCACUUGUCACGUCCUGCUCUUCCUGACUCCUCCUGCCACUCAGCCUGACUCAUCAUGGCUUCCAUUAACAUUCAUUAGAGGGGGGAAUUGUCAUUUAAUAUGUGACGGAGGAAACUAAAAUGCUCAAAGUUACAAUUCUCCUCUUCUGGAAUGAUAACAUGCCAGUAAUCAUGGAGCAGAGAUAAACUAGCGAUAUUACAGGAGCUGUGUGGGGGAAUUCUGAUGUUAAACUGCUGCUCUUCAGGACACACAUGCACUUGAGAGUUAAUUCUCCAAACACUGAAAAUAAUAGAAAAGACUCUCUCUCUCUCUCUCUCUCUCUCUCUCUCUCUCUCUCUCUCACUCCACUCUCACUCUCACUCUCUCUCUCUCUCUCUCUCUCUCUCUCUCUCUCUCUCUUUCUCUCUCCCCUCUCUCUCUUUCGCUCUCUCGCUCUCUUUCGCUCUCUCUCUCUUUCCUCUCUCUCUGCUCUCUCUCUCUGUUCUCUUCUCUCUCUCUCUCUCUCUCUCUCUCUCUAAUAUUUGGCCAACAAUUCUUUUUUUUAUUUAUUUAUGGAUGUUUAGAACAUUUUGAAAGUUUAGAAUGUUUAGGGGUCGUUCCACCAAUUGGGUUCCUUUUGAGUAGUGUAGUAGUAGUGUAG